AUGGAGAGAGUGUCACUGCGCCAUCACGCAUUUAACCCACACGGUCCAAUUCGACAGCGCCACGUGCCAAAAUCUCUUCUUCCAAUUCUCUUUCUUCUUUCUCUCUCAAACACCGUUUCGCUGUACGUCGUCGUUUCACCGAUCUCCUCGUCGCCGAUCGGCCUAACAAAAUCCAAGUUCGAGGAGAAAGCGGAAGGUUCUGGCAAUCGGUGGAGAGUAACUGCGACUAGCGCCAAUGCGGAAUUCGAGUUCCGAAUUCUAAGCUCCUCGCUCUUUCUGCGGGCUUUGAGUGGAGUCGCCGGUGAUGAGUCGUCAGGUUACGUAGGAGCUCGCAAUUGA